AUGGAUCACCGCCUAGCAGGUUCUACGGAGCCUGACAUGAAGCCAAGCGUUCUACUCGACACGAACCUGGUCCCGAACGAGGCCGGCGGCACUCACCUUGCCGUCAUCCCAUAUCAAGCGCAUCCGCCAUCUACCCCAGGCAUAACUCUCAGAAUCCACACCUCCGCCACCUCACCACUCAUCCCCCUCCUCGCCGCCACAAACGCCCUCGCCGGCAUGACCGACCCCUUCAACCUCCUCCUCAACCGCGAAAAGCAUCCCUCUGGCCUCACCUACCCCCUGGCCCUCCAGAACAACAUCGACCGCAUCACCACAAAGCUCCAGCAAGGCUGCAUCAUGGUGUCCGCUUCCCCUUCCUCCUGCAGUGAUAAUGGCAGUAGUGGUUACGCAGCAGUAGCAUGCUGGGCGCCACCGACCGCCACAGCGCAGAUGGAGAUCGACGAAGGGGACGACUUGCUCAUCCCGGAGCUCGCGCACCGUCCAGUGAUGCAGAAUGCCGUGCGAGUGUGGGCGGUCGAGCGGCGGAAAGUCUUACCAUUGCACUGGAACGGUGGGCGGAAAUGGUGGUAUGUGUCGCUCAUGGCGCGACAUCCGGAGAUGGCGGCCGUGAAGGGUGCGGUGCGGGCGGUGAUAGAGGUGGGGCUGAAGUGGGCGGACGAGGAAGGAUGUCCGGUAUGGUUGGAGGCGGGGAAUGAGAGGGCGAGGGAUGUUUAUGCGGCGUUCGGGUUCAGGGAGAUCGCGAUUACGGUCAUGGGGGGAGGGAGGGGGCGGAGGGGACGGUGCCGAUUUGGAGUAUGA